AUGACCAGUUUUGGCCUGAAAAUCACCAGCUCCAGUGGACGUGUGCUCUAUGCGCAGGCAGGAGACCAGGAAUCGCGCGAGCAGUGGCUUAAAGUGCUGAAGGAAGCACCACUCUCGCGUGGCGAGAUGAUGGGACCGGUGCCGCUCCGCCGGACUAUGGCCAGUGACCUGUCGACGCAGCGUUCGUACCAGGCAGAGGGCAGCUCUCCUUACAUGCACACGGCCAUGAGCGUGCUCAGUAGCGACGACGGCGACGACACGCAGGAUUGUGACAUGCAGGGCUAUCUACAUGUGCGUGGAGGGCUUCUCCCUAGCUGGAAGAAGCGCUUUAUGACGCUAACUGACGGACACCUGACUGUUCGACGUAGACGCACACAACGUCUCUCAGAUCCACAGGAAGCGGACAAGCCAUUUGAGGUCAUCUCGGCUGUGCGCUGGAGCGGCCACGACAAUGGCCUGUGUAUCCGCCUGGAGAACCACAAGGAGCUGUACGUGUACGCCGACCACGAUGCCGACGCGUCCAUGUGGCUGGAAGCACUAAAGAGUUGCUAACUUAGACCAAGAGACGAAGAGGGGACGCUGGGUGCCUAGCACUGCGAUAUGAAGCAGACACACCGUUGAAGAACUGCCAACGGACCGACCGACUUUCAGCCUCGGCACGGAGCGAACGACGCCCGAGAAACCAGCCGAAACUCUCUCCCUCCUUACUUACUACCCCAGCUAAAUUAUUAGAGGCGAUAAUUAUGACUAAAUCCACACAUCCGCCGCAAGAUUGGCGGCCAUUUUUGCAUUCGAA